GUGUAUCGCUCAGUAGCUUGUCUCUGUCCAGAAAAAGAAAGAGCUGUUGCUGCACUCUGUAGAGCGUGGAGCUAUCAUCCAGGGUAUCGGAUCUACCCGCAGUGGAAUCAUACAGGAACUAUGCCUGCGCCAGAUAUUCUCGGCAUUCAAGCCUUUGACACUGGUUCAAUCUUUCAGGAGUGGUGGCAAUGGGCGCUUGUUGCUAUCAUCAGUGCCAGUGGGCUUGUGGGAGUUGUUGCGUUCCUUUGGUAUUCUUAUCGUUCCGUUCGGACGUUGUUGAAGGGGAAUAACAACGAGCUUGGUCUACCGCGAUCGGUACAAGAACGAAUCCAUCUGCUAUCGCACAGUCCGAGUGUCGUCCGCAAAACCCAUACUCUUCCCGGAAAACCUUCGUCCUUUGGCGUAUACCUGGGCCUUCUGAACACCCCGAUCACACAAGAGGAAACGCGGAUACUGUCUCAAUGGGACGUCGUAGUGCUGGAUUAUUGCGAACCCGGGGUCUUGGAUGCUGUUGGUGAUGAUAUUGUUCCUAUGGGACCUUACAUCAUCGCGCGGCUUGACCUGGCACAGAUCAUCACGUUUGCGACGACUAGUGAGCUGGACAUGGCGCGAGCAGUAUACGUCCUUUCGUGGACUAUCCAGCGGACUCUACGACAGCCGGACCAACGGAGAUACUUCACUGGUGUCCUUGUUUCUGGAUGGCGAGAGCGCAUUGCGGUGCCUUUACUCAACGGUUUGACCAAGCUCCUCAUUGCUUAUGGUCUAGACGUCUACUUGGAAGUGGAAGCUCCAGAAUUCCUGGAUAGCAUCGAGAAGCUGGAUGUCGGAUUAUUCGCUGGCUUCGUUGUUCGUAACGGGACGAUUAUGUUGAAUGGAGAGCGUCGAGAUUUCUUCGACAUGGACAAGAUGAAGACAACAACAAAAUCCUUUGUAUCCCAGGCCUGCCAACGGCCGUUCCUGACGAUGAUGUGGGAUACAAUCGAAGACGAUGCCAGUCUCUCACACGCCGUUGUUAGAAGAGCGCAUAUGUGGUGCAACUACCAUGGUGCCAUCCCUUAUUUCCCACGUCGACGAGCUCUAACCGCUAUGGACGCCAUUGUUCAUUGUCAAGAGCCUUUGGCAGCUUUCCAGUGGCUGAAACAACGGAAAGUGAUGGACGUUCACGAAAAAUAUCGGACCGCACGAGCACUGUCUCCUGGUUUUUCGAGCAUCAUCGACGAUUAUCUCCCAUUGCAGAAGAUCUUUCCCUUCCUCGCCGAUACGCUCGCCGGGCUCGACGGAGCAGAGUCGGACGAUGACGACAUCUCCAGCAUAUCCACAGACAUCAUACACUACCCUGAGAUUGACGAGAACGGAGUAUUGCUCUCGCAAACAUCAACGUCGCCAACGUCGUCAGGAAUGGAAUGGACAAUCGCGAGGGAGAAGCAUGUCAGUAACCCACUAUCUUGCUCCUACAACGGAUCACCAUACGAGUCAUUGGGAUGCUUUCCAAUUGGAUUAGAUGCAUCACGAGAUGACUUCUCUCGGGUUCUCGACUCACAGCGACGUCUGCGGGAUCUGAAACUGCUCAAUCGACUCUCUGCUGCACAACUGCAUCCCAUCGCAGAAAUCCUUCGUGGCUAUUGUCACAGCAGUAGCCACUUUUUGGAAUUCCUGCCAACGUCAAGGAAUACCAUCUCACAACUCGUAGAGGCACUGGCUCGCACCAAUGACGAUAUAGAGGACAUCUACCAGCUGCAGGUAUAUUCUGCGCUUGAUUCUGGGUUCCACACACCGAGUGGUGCUCAGUUCUGGGCAGUCUGGGAAGUGGAGCCGAGGACUCAAUCCGUCAUCAUAUAUGUGUCCAAGUCCGUCCAAGAUAUUGGCGCGGUUUUGCUCCAUACACACCUAAGCAAACUGGGCUUUUCCAGAUACCAGUGCUUCCUUGCAGAAUAUGGCCUGACGGAGUUCACUGCCGGGUCUUUUUCACCAGAACGACUACCCGAAAGGCUACAGCAAGAUCUGGAUCUGCUCUCUUCUUCGGAUCUGCUUCUAUACUUGCAGCACUUGCAUUACUCAGAAUGGGACCAGGAUUGCUCUUUGCUUUCAGCCAUCCGCGAACGUUGUGAAGAGUUGCUGAUCGAUGUACCUACGUACCACCAAUUGAAGAAGCUCAGCAACAUGGACUACAUCAGCGGCGACAUGACGGACGAACAAGUAGUCAAUGCAAAACUCAAAUGGUACCGGCUGUCUCGGCUUCCCACCCUUGAUAGACGUGACGCGCUGUAUCUUUUCAGGGAAGUCGCGAACGUGCUUGACAGCAUACUGUGGUCGCGAGACUAUGAGAAGUUAGACAUCAUUACUUCUGCCAUAGUCAACAUAACCAGCAGGGGAGAUCUUGAUUCAGCUGCUGACUUCGUACUUUUCUGCAUCUUUUGCGCCGCAAGGAAAGCUGGAUUCGAAGAAUUAUACAUUGAGGUAUCGGACCGAAACCCACUCUUUAACCAGUACUCAGAUCAGAGUGCAGCAUUUGCAGAGCUGUUUGCGUUGGGAUCAAGAUGCGAAGCGUACUUUGACAUCAAGCCCAGCGACAUCGGUAUAAUGCUGUCACAGAAGCACAGGAAUUACUACAACCAGGAAGAACAUCAGCCUCCUAUGUGGCUUUUCAAUGCGCCGUCGUUUGCUUCUGCCUACGCCGCAGCUCAAACUGACAUCGACCCGGAACAGAAGCCUUCCGUAAUGCCGGCUUACCGUCGCUUCACUUUCCUUAGUGUCUUCGCAAUCCCGGCACUCGUUGACAUCGUUCUAUUAUCAACUACUGGUCAUGGGCUGUAUCUCAGUAUACGCAUGGAAGAGGAGCAGCGAUAUUAUGCUACGCUGGCGCUCAUGUGUUCAUUGCUUCUCUCUGGCGCCAUUGGAACCUGGAUCUCAAUUGGAGGCACCUACUACCUCAUCUCCAUGGCAUUCUCAGCCGCCAACAUGUUCGUGCUGACUCGUUUAGUCGGUGGUCUCGCAUUCACUCUUGCUGGUUGUCUUCUCGGCUUCAUUGUCAUCUCAGCUGCCGUAGGCCCAGGGCUUGGGGCGGUUUUUGUCUUUUACCUUUUUGGACUUACGACGUAUUUAACGGUACUUGCUGUUCUCUCCACUUAUCAGGUUCCGGGAUCCAGCUUCUUAAAUGGUCGCAAAGUCAUCAUCAUGGUAGUCCCGACCCUGACAGUCUCUCCGUUGUUGACUAUCUUUAUUCCUCACUACGACAUCUACAUUUAUCCUGGGGUCUUGUACAUAUUUGUCAGUUUACUGGUUCUUGGUACCCGUCACGUAGCGACUCAAUGGGUGACUUGGUAUCACAACAUCAAGACACUCAACGACGCUGACAUCAAGGCUUGGUACGUUGAGCGGUUGGUCAAGGAGCAGCGUUCCACAAGUGGUAUACAUUCUGGUGUAGAUCAAUCCAGUAAAGGACCUAGUACUGCGUCAAAUGUCCCCGACUCUGACAAACCAUCCUCGGGGAUAACUGCCAGCGAUAAAGACAUGUUCCAUGGUAUGAGUGAGCCAGCAAUCUUAGGACUUUGCCGUACAGCCUUGCACGACGCCGUCAUGAAGGAGAAGGGACGAACCAUCUGGCAAAAGCCUACGCAGGAUGUCUUUGUCAGACAACUUGCAAACUGUUGGGAUUCAACGCUUUUCUUACUGGACUGGUACGCGCGUAUCACCGACACCAAGCGACCAAUCCCGUAUAGUUCGACUUGGAAUCUUGAAACGCAGGUCGCUCUCGAAAGCAUGCAGCAGUCGCAAAAAGGUAUUCGACUUCAUAAUUCCUUUAUACAUUGGCGGACUGCUGGAGAUGAGAUCUACUGUGGUGUUCUCUACUUCCUUGUGGCACUGAUGGAUCGCUGGCUCGACAUUAUACGCGGCACCCAACAACCUGGCGGCUCAUUCGCGGGAUUACUAGGGUCCCUAGACGACAAGACACUUCGUUUAUCAGUCGGUUUUAGCCUGGCGUAUUACCUCAUUGGCGCAGUGCUACUGGAUUACAAAGCCCAACACCUCCACACAAUGUCAAAGCAAAUGUCUCCAGUCUCGAUCAAGGACGCGCACGAGAUUAAACAGGCGAAAGCCAACGACAUGAAAUUCAGGCGACAUCUAUAUCUCAACACUUUAUGCCGGUUCAUUGGGGUUCAUGUUUGGGCACUGGCGCUAUGUGCUGCUCUAGUCUGGAUCUUCAACGGCUCAGCAGAUGGCCUCGUCAUAUUUCUGAGCUACAUUGGCGCGUACAGUGGACUACUCCUCUACCAGUACAACAAGAUCUUUUCAGGUCCACACGCACUGAUGCCACUGCUGGCAGCAGUUGUUCUCGGUUUCGUGACCGGUAACAUUCUCAUCACACUGUUGCCGGGUUUUAUGUAUAACAGGGUCAUUGCUCUUGGUGUAUCUACCUGGAUGGCAGCCUUUCUCUCGUUUCGAACUGCCAAGCUAGGCAUGCCUGAGCUGCUCCGCGCGCCCAUUUGGAUAUCUAGGUUCCUGCUGAAGCAUGAGCAGAGCAAGCAGUCGCUGAGCUCGACCGAAAUGUCUAGCUCGAGCUGUGUCGUAUCUCAAGGCGAAGCUCAAUCUACCAUCGAUGAUAAGUACUAUGCCUACAACGGCACUGGCAGCGAUGCUGAAUUCAGUCAAAGCGAGCUUCACGCCUACUGCAGCAAGCUGCGAGCCGCCCCAAAGGAAAACAGGUUUCGCGUAAAUGCCACGGGCCAACCUGGCGACCAGAUCUGCGCUACACUACUGUCGUGUACCCAUGAAAACCUCUCCAGGCUUGCCAUGCAAGCAUUUCCGACAAUGCCCUUUCUGAUACAGCGUAUCAUCUUGGCUUGGAAGAGCGACAAGAUCAAAAUCUUCAUUGUUCCGAUGCAGGCUGUGGCUGGAGUGGAUACCGACCUUCGGGCAAUUUCGCAAUAUGCAGGCGGACGUCUGACGCUCUAUAUAGCCUCGGACGUAAAAGGCUCCAGGCAGACAAAUGUGAGCAGCAACUGUGCAAUCAUCGCCGAGACAUUGCUACACGCUUGUUCGGAGACCAUGUUCGGUAUGCCGCACUCUCAAGCCCAGCUCACAGAAUCUAUGCUUGCUUGCCGAGAGAGCGAUUGCGGCUUUUACGCCAUAUCAGAAUGUAGCAAGCGGUCAAUGCCGGAACUGAGUGUAGGGCCUAAGGCGUUGGACUUUGAAAUCGGAUUCAAGAAAGACCUGUUGCGAAAUCUAUGCAUGGGGUUCGAUUGCGAUACCCAAUGGGACGAGCUUCCAUUAGAGAUUCGUCGACUCUUCCUCCGACGAUGCGUCGGUACCCGAGCACCCUAUACAAACACGGAGAUGGCAUGGAUCAAUGCCAAUGUUCCAGCGGAAAGCUCAUGUACAAUCCUGUCGUGCAUCGCACGAUAUGAUCUUGGCGCAUACCUAGCAAUUAUCAAGCACAACUUCUUCAAGAACCGAGGCGAUCAGGCUCUCACCAAGAAAGAGUAUCGUCAAAUGACCGCAGACAUCCAGGAAGCGUAUCAUCCGGUCCUCAAUCGCUCAGCAGUCUCGAUUCUUGGCAUAUUCACCGAGUAUGUGCGUUUGCCCAUCGCUUAUGUCUACCAUUCUGCCGGAACGUGGGUCAAAUUCUUCUUCCUCGCGUGCAUGGCCGAUCCUGAAUAUCAGCGUGAACUGAACGGGGCCUUGUUACGUACACCGCGCCCGAUAGCCAAACUCGCUACUUUCGUUCUGACGGGAUUGUGGAUCUACAGUCGGGCUACGAUGUCAAUCGCUUUACCUUACUUUUUGUACCAUCGGCGCAAGGAUAUUGCAGGUCUUGCCGGCACUGUAAAAGGGAGUUUGAUCAUCCAAAAGAAAAACCGGUUGAUCGUCCGAAGCUACGGAGAUACAGAGACAGCCUUCAUUCACCCUGUCGUAGACGGUGGAGUCAAAUUGAUGUUCUAUCAGGGUGAUCUGGAGCUGGAACCAACAUGGGGUCAUCUCCGAGUUACAUACUACGACGAAGAGAUGCGCAUCACAUUACGCGAGGAGUACAAGAAUGGUACGGUGGCUAACGAGUUCGUGUACGAGUAUGCAUCGAAGCAGCCGCAACAUAAGAGGAAGAUCUCGAAGGUCAAGACAAGCAGGGUACCGUUGAGCAGAAUCUGCCGCAGUGGCCAGAACGAAGGCGCCAAGGUCACAUACAACCGCAAGGGCCACAUCGAGUCCGGAAGCUACAUCAGCCAUGAAAACUUGGUCCGCUUCAAGUACCAUUAUCGAAAGAACGCCAAGUAUGAUGACGAACUUCUUCGCGCCGAGUUCGUGCUUCCACACAUGUCGGCUAACGUCAGCUGGUGUGCACCUCCUGUUCGCCAUGUCGAGAAGAUGGAGCGCUGGAUACCCACUCCUCGCGUCCAUGAAGCAACUUUUGUUCAGGGAGCCGACGUGUACGAAUGUUCAUGGCUUUAUGAUCACAAGUUCCAUCCAACCAUCACCACUAAGCUUAAUGGUGUGCCAGUCGAUACCCCGGAUAUGAUACGUUACGAUUGGCUCGGCGUAUUGAAGAAGCCAACUCGGUGUACAUUUGCCGAUGAAAACCCUUUGCUUGCAUUCAAGUCUCCAACUGCAACCUUUUUCAGCCGACUGCUUCGAACAAACAUCAAACAACAAGAGAUCUCCACAUCUAGAGCUCGAUCACAACUCUGGAAAGCUUGGAAAAAGAGGAAUGAUCUGGACGGUGUUGUCAUUCGAUGGGUUGACGAGGAGCUGAUUCGAAGAGAGGCCCUCCUGCGGCCAUAUUGGAGACGAAGAGAUCGCGGUAGUCUCGUAAAGGCUGAAGACUAUCUGGCCUUGCAUGCAGACGCCAUCAUGGCCAGCUCAGAUCUGACAAGCGACAUUAGCGCAUGGACGCCUCUUGCCAUACGAAUGAGCGACUUGUUCAGUUUUGGUCAGGGUGGAGAUGCCGUCAUUUUCACUAGAACUAAAGCAUUACAGCGUGAUACUGACCGAAACCUGCAUGUCAUCGCUGUCGAUACUGGUACAUGGCCAAAUGAAGGCGGCGGUGUCUCGGCAUGUCGGCGAGAUCUCAUCAACAACUUGCGCACGAUCAAAUGGCACAUGGUGGUUGAAUCAGCCAAUGACUUUGGCUUGCCAAAGCACCAGACCGAAGAGAACGUCGAGUCGCUAAAGGUCAUCCCGUUAUGGGGACUGGAUUUUAUGCAUCCAAACCACGGAAUGUUUACCAACAAGCUAGAUAGUGAGGUCGAUCAUUUGGUCAAAGCAGCUACGAUAUCGGAUAUCGAAACGAACUUCAUUCCUACCUUGACCGCCCUCGUCCGCGGCGCACGUGCUACAACAAUGACAUCAGCAGAUGUCAAGCAAGCCACGCGUGCUUUGGUCAACUUGAAUACUUACUUCCAAGACUCGCGUCACUGGAAAGAAGUGUGGACGAGCGACAUAGUCAAAGAUGCUUGGCGAAACCUGUGGCUUGCUGAUGAUAUGCCAAACGCACAGUCGCCUUCAGAAUGGUUCCGUACUGAACUUCCAACGCUUGGACAUUUCGAUACGGCGUUAGAGCUGUGGUUUCGAUAUCUAUUCAUAUUCUCCAUCCCCAUCCCCGAGAAGAUUCCGCAUGUGUUCCAAGCCUCGCAUCAUAGCGUCUCAGCCUCAUAUGGAAUCGUCUGCAAACUCAAGCGAAACUGCACACUCCAGAUCUGGGAUCAUGCAAUCUCUUGGCGCGAGACCAACCUUUACCUCUCGUCCGCGAUGUGCACUUUGCCGCCGUUCAUCCGAAAUUCGCUGUUGGGUCUGAUGAAGCUGACGUCUUGCCUGAUCCUACAUCACGCCGACCAGAUCCUUCCCUGCGCAGACUUCUUCAACCCCGGCUGGGAAGUGGAGAUCGGCAGCGCAAAGGGUCAACUUACACAUCGCAACGUAUUCCGCAGAAAGGUCGAUCCCAUCGUCAAUGGUAUCACCGACAUGACGAAGUUCUCCCCGGUGACUGAGAUCAAAACGAAGACGCCGACUGUGACUAUGCUCUCUCAUGUUUGGUUUGCCAAAGAUAUCAAGACCGCUCUACUUGCGGCGGACAUCAUCACCAAUGAGUGGGGUUUCAAGGACUACAAACUCGACAUCUAUGGAGCUCUCAACAAAUCACCUGUCUACUCCUCUGAAUGUCAAGAAAUCUUGGCUUGCAAAGGUCUCGGACAGAACGUGGCAAUGCGCGGUACGGCAGACCCGGCAAUGGUCCUCGCGAACACUUGGCUAUUCCUCAACUCCUCCGUCUCGGAAGGGUUGCCGCUUGCACUUGGAGAAGCGGCACUGACUGGAGCGCCAGUUGUUUGCACUGAUGUUGGUGCAUCGCUACGCGUGCUCACUGAUCCUGAUGAUGGCAAACGAUAUAGUGAAGUUGUGGCACCCAACGAUGCAUACGGUAUGGCACGCGCACAGAUUAAUUUGCUGGCCAUGCUGGACGAGUGGGCACAGUACGCUGGCGAUGGUCCUGGAACAGCGGCGCCGAUCUUGCCUCACAAACCAACGCCCAAGGACGUAGAAAUCAUCACGCGCCGUAUGUACGAAAAGUCUGAACAUCGACGGAAACUAGGAAUGAUGGCGCGCGAUAUCGUCCAGAAGUCUUUUGGUGGAGAGCGUUACCUGCGCGAGCACGAGCAGAUGCUCUGGAUUGGUAAGGCCUGCUACGAAAUGCUUGACCUAGAGAAGCGAAUACCACCACCAAGAAACCCGGCGCGCAUGUUAUCACUUCGUCGUAAUCUACCUCGGCAGCAACAGCAGCGCGACACUGCAUCAAGUCACAUGUUCGACCCGCAAAUGGAGAAGAUGAUGCACCCGCGCCCCUAUGCGCCGAGGCGGACAUCGGCAACAACGUCGUUCUCCUCGGUGUACAUUGACGAGCCCUCAGGCUCUUCGUCAACCUACUCCGACCCCAUCUGGGAACACGAAGAAUGGAAUGUGCGUCACGAGUCGCCUGAAUCUUCGGUCAAGUACGAAAACUCUGAUACCGACGACUGGCCAAUACCCGCAAUCACUCGUCCAACAAGAUCCUACUCGGGCAGCAACAACCUGAGGGCGGCGUCGCCUUCUGCGAGAGGUAAGCGGCCUGCUCGAUACUCGUAUUACGGGCAUGAAAGCAAUCGAGUCUUCAAGCCUGCCUCGGCGAAUGCCAUGAUGGAUUCAAGAAAAGCAGUGCUUAUGCGUCAGAGUUUGGUCUCGCCAGAUAGUGCGAGGAGUAGUGUGAGGAUAAGGAGUCAUUUGAAUGAGGUGGAGCUUGCUGAAUAUGGAAACGUUGAUGGGCGGCUGUGAUGUCUAGUCCCAAGGACAUGAGAUGGUUUUUUUCUUUAUGGAAGGCUAGCGGUUUGCAUAUGCAUUUACAUUCGUUGAUUUUGGUAUAGAAUCAAAAGCACAGGGCGUAUCUUGUUUUGGG